CAUAGUAAAAUUACUAUCCCUCUGCUAUUUGGAGUUUCAACCUCAAAAUACAUUUCUCUUUCCCUAUUUUUCUAGCGAUACAAAUGUUAUUCUAUUGUCAAUGAAACACAGAACCACAACUCAGGCUGACAAUGAUUCAGGCACACUGAGGUCCAAUGGUUACAGUGUUCGACACAUGUGCCGUGGUAUGUGGGUUCGAACCCUGACAGAGAACAUGGUGCUUGUGUUCUUGGGCAAGACACUCUUACUACGACCAUUUGCCAACUCGACUGGAACCAUCUCGACGGUUAACCAACUGAACCAACUCGACCGAUGUACUAACUCGACCAUUGUGCAUUCAAUUGGAAAAGUCCAGUCAUCCGUUGUCCAACUCGUCCUUUGUAAAAGUACCAGGACUUUUAAACAAUCUGAUUAUAUGAGUAAAAUAUUAGGCCUACUACAAUAAAUAUUUUAAAUAUAAUAUUUAUUAAAAAAAAUUCACUAAUUAAAAAGGGCUUAAUUAGGAAAAAAGCAUCACUAACCUGAUGCCAUGUAAAACAAUACGUAUUCUGGAAUAACGAUUAAAAUUAUACAUGACAUGUACAUGUAUAAUGAUGUUAAAAAAAAAAAAGUACAAGGACUUAACAAAAUGAUAAUUAUAAGAAGCCCUUUGAUUUCAGUAAAUUUACAUUGUGGUCAACCAGAGCUGGUCAACAAGUUGUGUAUUUUGAGCAUCUUGACAUUCUCCAACUUAUGUUGGACAGCAAAGGACAUUUGCAGUUCUGAGGUUGAGUGGAUAGAACACUGACCCUCUUCCAUCAUGUUGGCAGUCAUGGCUUUGUGCUUUCUGCUCAUCAAAGCAGCAACUUGUGAGAUGCAAGUGGGAUCCGACGGCAUCGAAAAGGCUAACUUGGGAUCCUACAUGCUGAAUUUGGCAUGCAACGAUGCUGGGACUGAAUGCAUGAAAUGCUUCACUGUUCACAAGUUCGGACGACCAUAUCUGUAUACAUUUCAAGUUUCCAAGGAGUGGGACCACUCUGCUAACUAUCACUUCACUACCACUACCGCGUUACAGAAUUGGGAUUUAACUUUUACGCAGGGAGAGCCCAACGAACCAUUUCACAACUGCUACUAUUUAGCCUCCACCUAUGAGAUGGAAAUACACAGUGCUUGGGAUGGCAAGUUGUGCGCACACAACAACUUCUCUGGUGUGUCUGUGCCAGCCGAAUGCGGCCAACCUGUAGCCUUGGUGUCAGUAGUGAACCACCUUGCAGACGAGGCGAUGCGGGGACAGCAGGUGCUCUACUGCAUGCCCAAAGGCUCAGAUUAACAGUCAGGUCCAUCACAAGUUAAACUUACAUCACAAGACAAGGCCACAAGUAGCAACAAACGAUGACGUACUCUCCACAUUCUUCCACAAUUUAUUUGUCUCCUAAAUUUUUUUUAACUUGUGUGUUUCAUUGACUGCAACCCUCAGAAUAAAAAAGGCAUUUAUUGAGGGCUGCAGUAAAACAGAAUGGCUGUUUGAGUAGAUUGGUUCCUGGUCCCUACAUUAUCGAUACUGAUAGGGAGUUGGGGACUGAAUUAGCUACAUGGCCUUAUGUAAUUCAAAUUUUGUGAAAUAAUUAUUCCAUAACUUAACGUGGGCCACUGUUUCAAGCAAACCUCAGUGCCUGUUGUGAAUUGAUAGGAAAAUAGCAAUUGGAAAUGAAAAUUUAACUUUUGGUAGUGGAACUUGAAAAUAGCAGGAAGAGUAGGCCCUGAAAUGUUCAAUUUCGAUUGAAUUUAGUUUUCAGGUGGAGGACGUUUGGUGGAGGAAUUUUUGUUCAAAACUCUAUUAUUUCUAAAUUAAGCACAAAGCAUAAAAAAUGUUGCAUACUGUUUAAGUAUAUAGGCCAAUAAAUGCACCUUUAUUCUAGUUUCAAGCAGACAUUUAAAUUAUUUGACUGGAUGUGGAAUACAACUCUGUGAGAACUUUUAUGUAACGUACAAGGGGUCAUUCACUAAUAAAUUUGUUGCAAUGGUAAAAAGAAAUUGAUGUCUAAGCUCUGUAUUAUUCUCUCCGAUUCACAAC